AUGGUAGACAAGGAGCAGAAGAGUGUAGCUGUGAGAGAUGUGGCAAUCCUGGCUGACCGUAACAUCAGGCAGAAGGAGCAUGAGGAGCGUUUCCUGACCAGGACGCCGGAUUCUGUCAUGAAACUGGACAUGGCACAAAACUCUGUUGAUGAUAAAUUUAUAGGCUGUGAAAAUGAAACAUACAACCUGAUUACAGCCGAGAUUCUACCACAAGAGUUAAACUCGAAUGAACAGUUUAAAAAAGCUUGGGAAAAAUACGCAGACAUCAAUAAUUAUUUCACACGAAUAAUAAAGGUCUACACAGAUGCACCUAAUAAACUUUAUUCUGUACUCAAUGAUGCUGUGAGAUUAGGCAGAAAUACUUAUAAAAGUAAUUUCCACUAUAAAGCCUUUCAUUUCUUGCUGACACGUGCCAUACAAAUGCGCAAAGGAAAUAAGUGUACUGAUGUUUUCCGUAGAACCAGCGUUCAUUUUGAGAAAAAGGUUCUUGGCCGUGAAAUGCGAUUUGGUAGGUUUGCAUCGACUUCACUUAGAGAAGACCUAUAUGAAUUUGGCAAAACCUCCUGUUUUAAAAUGAAUACAUGCUUUGGUGCAGAUAUAUCCAAUAUUUCUGUGUUCCCGCAUGAAAAAGAGGUUCUAGUCCCACCAUAUGAAAAAUUCAAAAUCACGAAUAUUGCAGAAAAUCAGAUGAACUGUAAUGUCCUUUACACUCUUGAGAGCACUGGCGAGUGUAGUAACAUGAACUGUGAGCUGGUGAAAUAA